AUGAGCGAGACUCCAUGUGAUGAGAACGGCAAUGUCAAGUCAACACAUGUCUUGUGUAAAUAUCACUCCACACUCUACAUAUUUUCACAAAUUACUACCCAUAGAAAUACCAUCGAAGAUCCAUGGACUCUCCCAGAACUAGCAGACACUUCCACGCCUUGGAAAGAACUGAACACACUCCAGCGCGCGCAGCGAGUGACGUGUCACGUGAUCAAGCUGGUGCUUCUCUGCGGCCUGCUGUACACAUUCAUCUGCUCUCUGGACAUUCUCAGUUCGGCCUUCAGACUGCUAGGAGGUAAGGCAGCAGGUGAAGCCAUGACCAACACAGUGCUGUUCAGCAACCCCAUUGCGGGUCUGAUGCUGGGCAUCUUGUGCACCGUCCUCGUGCAGAGUUCCUCCACAUCCACCUCCAUCAUGGUCUCCAUGGUGUCCUCAGACAUUCUGGACGUCCGCCUGGCCAUCUUCAUGAUUAUGGGAGCCAACAUUGGCACAACGGUGACCAACACCAUCGUGGCUCUGGGUCAGGCCGGGGACAGAGGGGACUUCCGCCGAGCUUUCGCCGCCGCCACGGUGCACGACAUGUUCAACUGGCUGUCCGUGCUGGUCCUGCUGCCCCUGGAGUGGGCCUCCGGCUACCUGUUUCACCUGACCAAAGCCAUCGUGGGGUCCAUGGAACUGAGUUCCGGAGCGGAAGAGCAGCAGUUUCUCAAAGUCAUCACUCAGCCGCUGACAGACAGGGUUGUCAAGCUCUCCUCCUCCAAGAUCCGGGACAUCGCCAAGGGUAUCGCCGUCAACGGCAGUCUCAUUUCCGAAGGUGAGCACAUCUUUAAUAACUGGAGCGGAAGUGACGAAGCCGCAGGAGGAAUCCUAUUGGCUGCCUCGCUGGUCUUACUGUGCGUGUGCCUCAUUCUCGUUGUCAAACUGUUGUCGACGUUGUUACGAGGCACCAUCGCCAAAAUUCUUCGCCGGAUUGUCAACUACAGCUUCGCUGAACCUUUUGACACUCUCAUCGGCUUUGUGUUCAUGGCUGUCGGCGCUGGUCUCACAAUUUUGGUGCAGAGCAGUUCUGUAUUUACCUCGGCCCUGACUCCGCUGGUGGGGAUGGGUGCAAUACAUGUCGACAAGAUGUACACCUUGACCCUGGGAUCAAACAUAGGUACUACCAUCACGGGGAUCCUAGCAGCUCUGGCAUCGAGUCCCUCAGGCUUCAGGAACUCAUUUCAGGUCGCCUUGUGCCAUUUGUUCUUUAACAUUUCUGGCAUAGUACUAUGGUAUCCGGUACCAUUCAUGCGCCGCACACCCCUCAAGAUGGCCAAGUACCUAGGGGACACCGUCUUCAUCUACCGCUGGUUCUCGGGUGUCUACCUCGUCGCCAUGUUUUUUAUCUUACCGCUCGCAGUCUUCGGCCUCUCCCUGGCUGGCUGGGAGUUGUUGCUGGGAGUCGGGGCGCCCAUCAUUCUGCUCAUCGUCUUCGUCGUCAUCGUCAACCUUAUCAGGAGCUGGAAGCCUCACGUACUCCCCGCGAGAUUGCAGUCAUGGGAGGCUCUGCCUCUUCCGCUGCGCAGCCUCCAGCCCUACGAUCGACUUUUCCAGGCUUGCAUGUGCUGCAAGAAAGACACAGACAAGCCCAAAGACUCGACAAAGUUGUAGCUCGUACUUGUGAAACAUCACCUGCUCAGGCGCAAGAUUCUAGAACACCUCUGCGAGCUGCAAAGAGGCUGGGAAGGGGAGGGGUACAGCACGAACUCUGUCGAGAAUGAACUCGACCCAAGCGCUAAUUGUGGCGCCUAUGACCUCGUAGGUCAUCGUAAAGGUCGUCAGACAAUCAAGAUAUCACGUGUUUAACCAUCAGAAGUGUUCAAAUUCGACAAAAUAAUUCCAAAAAGAGAUUAAACUUUGUAACGGAUACCAAACUCACUCAAGUCGUCUAAAAAGUGGAUCAUCAAAAUACUGUUUUAGAAGACAAAAUACUCAGUGUUUUUUUUAAUCAUAAUUUAGGAAGAUAAAGUUCACAUGCCUGGGCAGUCAGGGUUAGGCUAUAAGUAAAGUGUGUUGUGUGUGGAGGGGAGAGUUGGCAGGUUGUUGAUUGAAGUGGUCGACAUUGAAAUCUUUGUACUGUCUCUGCUGUGCAAGAAGAUGGCGAUCACAGCAUCGUGCGAUGUUUUCGAGAAAUGAAGAAGGGAGAUCUUUGAACUGUAAAGCUCGAGGUGGAAACAAUCAUAGUUCUUUGAUGCGAUAGUCUUUUCAAGGUAAUGAGAGGUCACCUGCACUUUUUUCAGCAUUUACGUCGAUGUAAUCAUGGUCAUUGCUUGAGGAGGCUGUGGUGGUAACGAUGAUGAUGGCGAUGUUGCAUACGAUUUGCUGCAUGUGUGACAAGAAAAGAUGUAAGAAAGAAAAGAAAACAAAAAGAAGAGAGGAUAAGAAAGAGAGAGGAGAAGGAGGAUUAGAAGCUUUUUAAAGAUUGUCCUUCGCCAUUUGCUCUGAACCCUUUCGUGCCUUCGGACCUCUACACCCGAUUCUUUCUGCUUUCGUGUGGAAUUGUUUCAAAUGCACUCAACGUAGUCAUGACUAUUUUCUGCUGAUAAAGCUUUUCAGUAUUUGUGAUUCCACAGCUACAUUUAUUCACAUCACCGUCGUCGAUCGUGAUGAGAAAUUGUAAAGUAUGUUUAAAAGAAGACAAUUUUUUAAAUACUUUUUGCUUUAAUACUUCCAGCUGCAAUUGCACAUAUGUGUGUGUGUGCGGGUGUGUGUGUGUGAGAGAGAGAAA